AUGGGCUAUCGAAAAAAUGAAAUGAUUGAAAUACCAUUUUGCAAUAGCAGUGAACAAUUAUAUGAAGAAUUGUCAGAUUAUUUAAAAUCUAAACGAUCUAAAUUUAAAAUUACGAAUCUUCAUGAAAUUACAACUCUUCAUGAACAUGAAGGAAUCAAAAGUGCAUUCAAUGCCGUAAAAAUUAAUCUAUCUCCCAAUCAUGCCUAUAUUUUAUUGCUUGGCUUAUCAGGUUCAGGAAAGUCUUCAACAAUUAAUUCUUUAUUUGAUAAAAUUAUUGCUGUUACUGGAAAUGUAAUAUCUCAAACAAAAGAAACUACCGAAUUCAAGGCAGAAAUUAAUGAUUCACGUUUAGGGAUCAAAAAUCUAGGAAUAAGUAUCAUUGAUGGUCCAGGUUUAGAAGACUCAAAAGGGAUUGAAGAAGAUGCAAAAAAUAUCUUAUGUUACAAACGGUUUUUGGAAACACAUCCUCAACUGGCAUCAGUCAGGCCAAAUGUUAUUAUGAUAGUUGUAAAUAUUACCGAUAAUCGUUUUGGUGAUUCGGAAAAUGUAGAAACACCUUUUGUGAGAAUGUUAAAAGGAAUUAAAUAUGGUCUUGCUGAAAAAAUUUUAGAUCAUGAGCGACCAUCGGUGAUUUUUGUAUUGACACAUCUUAAAAGCAUUCCCCCUAAAAAAUCAAAAGAACUUGUAUCCACUAAAACAGCAUUGAUAAAAGAAAUGUCUGCCAACAUUUUAGGAAUCAUUGACCCACCUGUUGUCACUAUUGAAAAUUGUCCAGAUGACUGGGAGGUAGAACGUAAAGAUGAUUGGUAUAUACUAGACAAUGAUGAAGAACAUCCGCUCAAUUUGUUCAAUACAUUGAUUAAUAUUUGCAAAAAUUCGACAGAUUAUAUUGGGCAAGAAGCAAUUUCUUUGUAUUUUUCCAGUGCUUCUCAAAGUGAGGUUAAAAUUGGUCAUAAAUUUUCUGUAAAAGAAUUAAAUAAAGACGAUGAUGAUAGCAUAAAAUCUAUAACAACAAAAUUAUCAGAAAUUAAAUUAGGUAUGGAGAAUUCUGGAUUAAGACGAAUUAUAGAAGACAAAUUCUCAUUAUUAUCUACGGAAAUGCAAAAUGAAUUAGGUAGUAGAGUACCAGUUGAGAUUGCAAGCUUUCUUCAGGCAAAUAAAAUAACAACGGUUCAGGAAAUCCCGAAUGGUGAUGAAUUUUUGGAACUCUAUGCAAAUUACCCUCGACCUUCUAUAAAUCUAUUAAAUUUUCUGAAACAAGCCCUUGAUCGGGAAAUAACAGAAAUCCUUGUUGAUCCAGAGGUUGGCAAGUGCUACAAUGUCUUCAAAGAUAGUACUAUUGGCACUUCUGUGUUCCAGAUCGGUGACUAUGUGAUGUCCUCUACAGGUUUUAAAGUCCCUCGCGAAGUUGAUAUUUACGAAACAAAUGGGACUUUAACUCGAAGUGAACAGUUUGAAAAUAAGCAAGAUUAUAUCCAUAAAAGAUUACUCGAUCUUGGUUUUUUUAUAGACUUACCAAUUGCUUAUGUAAAUUCUAACUUGCAUCAUGGAUAUUCAAUUGGAUCAUCGACAAAUAAUUCAGAUCAUGAAACGGAACAAACAUUUUUAAUUGAACGUCAAUGUUUUAAGUUUACAUUGAAUAUUGAUAAACUUCAGUUGUCUCAAACUUUUAAAGAUGAUGUAGAUAAUCUUCCUCCUAAAUACGAUAAAAAUGAUGAAAAUAAUGUUAACAUGUGGAAAAGUUUCUUUGAAAAAAAUGGAACUCAUGUGGUUAAAUCUGCUUGGGUUGGUGGCUCCGUAACUAUCAAAGUUGCUUCAUCUGGUAUAAAUUCACAAAACAAUGAACUCAUCAUAGCUGGAAUUCAAGCUCGUAUUUUCAAUUCUCAGAUACAAUUCAAAUUUUAUAAUGAAAUUGAAGAAUCUAAAAAUUUUGAACAGGCAAUAAACACAGCUAGAUUGGAAAUGCGUGGUGGAGAUCCCAAAUAUCAUGUUACGACACUUCAAAAUUUAAAUAGUGAAAAAUGGUUCAAUUCUAUCAAAGUGAAACCAGUUGUUUUAAAUACCAAAUUUGAACUUAUUCCAAUUAACAUUGUUGCUGGAAAACACAAUAGUAACAUCCAAGAUCAGAUGGCUGUUGCCAUUAAGGAUUUUGUUGGAGGCGAUUUGAUUUGUAUCAAAUCAGAUGCAAUUUCAGAAAAACAAGAAUCACAUCUCAUCGCAAGUCGUAUAGACGCAACUAAUAGUUCAGCACCAAAUCUAGACAAGGGAACAUGUCUUCGAUCAGGUACUUUGAUAUCAAUGGCUAAUGGUACAAAGGUCUCUGUCGAAAAACUCAAUCCAGGAGACAUGGUUGUGGGUAAGAAUGGAGUACCAUGCCAUGUUCUUGGAAGAAAUGACGUACUGUUAGGAAAUAGAUCUUUAUACGGCUUUUGUCCAGAUAAAACUUUCUUUACAUCUGAGCACCUUUUUGCUACACAAAAUGAUGAAUGGAUGUGUAUUGAUCCAGAUCUUUCUUGCCUGAUGAAUCCUCUGAAUAGUACAAAAAAAAUUCAUAGAAUGCAAAAUCAAAAUAAUAUUCUUCGAUGGAAUGGAAAAACCACUGAUUUAGAACCAUUUAAAGUAUUUAAAUCUACAGAGAAAUUUUCACCUACUAUGAAAGUUCACUGCUUACUAGUAACAGGUGGUGUUUAUGUAGCAAAUGGAUAUGUUACUCAUGAUAGUAUGCCAGACUUGUUAGCAUGGCCGGCUGUAUCAAUUUGUUUGGCUUCGUUGACAUUUUCCGAGAGUGUACGUCAACUCCAAGAAUGUUUUCCUACAAUAGAUUCUCUCGAUGAUGCGGAGUGCAUCCGGGAACUCUCUUAUCAAAUUUCUACAGAAUGGAAAAAAAUAAUCGAAAUACCAAAUUCUUGUAUAAAUUUCGAUGAUGUUGAAAAAGCCAUUAAACUAUCAACCGAAAAAUUCAAACAUUUAAUCUAUGGCGAUCAGAAUUUUCUUCAAGAAAUUCUUAGUAAGCCUGUAUUUACUUUCCUGUCACAAAAUCUCUUUAUUCUUUGUGGUGAAGCUUUACAUGAAUCACUUAAUGAGCUCUUUCAAAAUGAUGAUGAUGAAUUUUAUUGUAAAGCAACCUUGCUCUUUAGAAUUGCGGAUUAUCUUAUAACACUUCAUGUGAAAAAAUUUUUUAAAUAA